AUGUUCAAGCCCACAGUCACACGCAAUGCCAUCAAGACCCUGAACACCGCCCGCCCUAUAGUUGCGGUUACUCGCCCCGCUACCAGCUUCACCCGCCCCCUCUCAUACACUGCUUCACUCAGAAAAAAGAAGAGCAAUGACCCUACAAAGGACCCGAUCCUCUCUGCUACAACCAAGGCUCCCGAGGGCGCUUCUAGUGUGAAUGAGGGUCAAUUUGCUCGUACUGAUCAGAGCGUUCACAUUGAAUACCCUCCCGAUAGUGAGAUGCCCCCUCAGCCUGUGGCGCAGGGACGUGGUGGAAUGCAUUUCAAGCGUACUCUAGCCCAGUUCUCACUUGAGAAGAAAGUCAGCGUGGUUACUGGUGGUGCUCGUGGCUUGGGUCUGGUCAUGGGCCAAGGACUUGUCGAGUCUGGCUCGGACUUGGCUAUCAUUGAUCUGAACAAGGCCGAAGCAGAGACCGCAGCUGCCUCGUUGAUCGAGCAGUUCCGUGUGGAAAAUCCUGGUAUCGAAGACAUGCCCAAUGUCACUGCCCAUUAUGCGGACGUCUCCAACCCCGACUCCGUGCAGAAUGCCAUGGCUGAAGUCCUGGCCAAGCACGGCCAGAUUGAUAACCUAGUCACAUCGGCGGGCUUCACCGAGAACUUCGAGGCCAUUAACUACCCCUUCGACCGUAUGCAAAAGCUUUGGGGCGUGAAUGUCGACGGCACAUACCUCUUUGCCAUUAAUGUUGCCAAACAUCUAAUGGAGCGCAAGGCACCCGGUAGCAUCGUCAUGAUUGGUUCUAUGUCAGGCUCCAUCGUUAAUGUUCCCCAACCCCAGGCUCCAUACAACGCCGCGAAGGCUGCAGUGCGCCACCUUGCUGCUUCGCUCGCUGUGGAGUGGGCUGGCCAUAAUAUCCGUGUUAACUGCAUUAGCCCUGGCUAUAUGCUUACCGCUCUAACUCGCAAGAUCCUCGAUGAGAACCCUCAACUUCGCGACCAGUGGACCUCUCUCAUCCCUGUUGGCAAGAUGGGUACACCGGAGGACUUGAUGGGUGCCGUGACCUUCUUGCUCAGUGAUGCCUCUAGGUAUAUCACUGGGGCGGAUCUCCGUGUUGAUGGCGGCUACACCGUAACCUAA